GUACAUAUGCAACUAUUCUUAGCCCUGGAAUGUAUACACUGUCUCCCUGCCCAGCCGUUCUUGCACAAAGCUCUAGAAAACUGUGACAGUGCCUUCAACAUAAACAAAUCCGGAAUUCUCCCAGGACAAAUCCUUUGCCAGCUGAAGGAAAGGCCUGGCUUUACGGUUUCAUUUGGAGCCAGAGGUGGACACUCUCCGGAGGGACCAGCCGGACCAGGCAUCAGGUGGGUGUCUCCUCACACAACAAGAUUAUCCGCAGAUGCUAUUUGCCUGUUACCUUUGAGAGUGCUCCUAACCAAAGAGAGGGGUGUCUGCUGUGAGGCCCAGGCUGCAGGGGGUCUCCCUUUCCAGUGUCGCUAAGCAACAAUCGUGGCGAUACCCACAGCAUCCUGGUGAAGGGAUGCAGCGGCCCUAAGUCUUGGGGCCACCACAGCUAAACCCUCCAGCACGUGCUCCCUCUGGGGACUUCUCCCCGUCUUUGUAGGAUGGACGAGGAGUCGCCGGAUGGGCUGCUCUUCAAAGACCAUGACUUCUCCUCUGACUUGUUGAGGCAGCUCAACCGCCUGAGGCAAAGCAGGAUCCUGACUGACGUGAGCAUCUGCACGGGGCCCUGGGAGGCCCCCUGCCACCGCACCGUGCUGGCCUCCAGCAGCCCCUACUUCAGGGCCAUGUUCUGCAGCAACUUCCGCGAGAGCCGGGAGGCCAAAGUCCAGCUGAAAGGCAUCGACUCUGCCACUCUGGAGCGCAUCAUCUUGUACGUGUACACGGGCGAGGCGCGCAUCACAGCGGAAACCGUCCUGCCCUUGAUGGAGGCGGCCUCCAUGCUGCAGUACCCCAAGCUGCUUGAGGCCUGCUCCUCCUACCUCCAGAGCCAGCUGACCCCCGGCAACUGCCUGGGCAUGGUCAGACUCUCUGAGGUCUUCAGUUGUGAGCCCCUCAGGAGGAAAGCCCGGGAGGUGGCCUUGACACACUUCCCAGAGGUGGCCGCGUCGGCUGAUCUGAAGGAGCUCUGUGCCUUGGAAUUGCGAGACUAUCUGGGAGACGAUGGGCUCUGUGGGGAGGAGGAGAAGGUGUUUGAGGCCCUCAUGGUCUGGAUCAAGCAUGACCUCCAGGCCCGGAAGCGACACGUGCAGGAGCUGUUCAGGCAGGUCAGGCUUCAGUACGUCCACCCGGCCUUCUUCCACCACUUCAUCGCCAACGACGCCCUCCUGCAGUCCUCGCCCCCAUGCCGGACCAUCCUGGAGACGGCCAGGAGGCAGAUGUUCUCCUUGCACAGCACCCCCAGCGCCCCGGACCUCCAACUGCUCUGGCACGUCCCCCCAAGAAACUCUUACCAAGAUUUCCUCCUCCUCUUGGGUGGAAGGAAGGACAACCAGCAGACCACCAGGGACGUCCUGCUGUAUGACGCACGGAGCGGCCAAUGGCGGAGCCUCGCCAAACUCCCGGCCCGGCUGUAUAAGGCCUCGGCCGUCACCCUGCACCGCAGCGUCUACCUGCUGGGAGGCAUGGCCGUGGGCGCGGGGAAGAGCGAGCCCAGCCACAGCGUGUACGUCUUCUCCCUGAAGCUCAACCAGUGGAGGCCGGGGCCGCCCAUGCUGGCGGCCCGCUACUCCCAUAGAAGCACGGCCCACAAGAACUUCAUCUUCGCCAUCGGGGGGAUUGGAGAAGGGCACGAGGUCCUGGGCUCCAUGGAGAGAUAUGACAGCAUCAGCAACGUCUGGGAGAGGAUGGCCCCCAUGCCGGUGGGCGUGCUCCACCCUGCCGUCGCUGUGAAAGACCAAAGACUGUACCUUUUUGGGGGAGAGGACGUCAUGCAGAACCCCGUGCGCCUUAUCCAGGUUUAUCACAUUUCCAGAAACACGUGGUUCAAAAUGGAGACGAGAAUGAUCAAGAACGUCUGUGCGCCCGCCGUGGUGCUGGGGGAGCGGAUCGUCAUCGUGGGAGGUUACACGCGGAGGAUCCUUGCUUACGACCCCCAGUCCAACAAAUUCGUCAAAUGUGCGGACAUGAAAGACCGGAGGAUGCACCACGGGGCGGCGGUGAUGGGGAAGAAGCUCUACGUGACGGGCGGGCGGCGGCUGACCACGGACUGCAGCAUCGAGGACCUGGCCUCCUUUGACUGCUAUGACCCCGAGACAGACACCUGGACGUCCCAGGGCCAGCUGCCACACAAGCUCUUUGACCACGCCUGCCUCACUCUCCAAUGCGUCCCCCACUCUGUCACGGUCCCCUGAGGCCCGUGAGAAACUGAGAAGCCACCUGGCUUAGUCGCGAUGCUCUUACGGCAAGAGACAGAACCCAAUUUCAAGAGCUUAACUCUGAAAGGGUGCAGGGAGAGCUCUCAGGACUGAAAGUUCUAGAGCCUGGAGUCCUGAGACCAAGCCUACUGUUCACAGAACUCUCUGUCUCUGUAUCUCUGUGUCUGUCUUUCCUCUCUCCCUUCCUCCCUCCCUCCCUCCUUCUCUACCUCAUUGCCAUUAGGCUUUAUUCUGCAAACAAGCUUCUUUAGCCUCUUUAUCCAGUGUGAGGAAAUGUAACAGAAAGUCUAGCAAUCUGGCACCUUUAGGAAGGAACUUUACUCUUAUCCAUAGAAACGCCCCCUCCCCAAAACAAUGCCGAUUGGUUCUUUUUGAAUUCCCUGUCUCCCGCAAUACUUCCAGAGACUGUAGACUGUGCUUCCCGAGACUGUGCAAGUGAGCUUGACCUGGAUUCUGUCUCCACAGGCAGAGGUGGGGUUAACGACUGUCGCUGAUAAAACUGCCAGACUGCACCUAAUGGGACAGAAGUGGUUCCCCAAAGCAAGAAAUGCCGGGCCGAUAAGAACCACAUCUGCCCAGAAGAUCAUGGCCAUUAGGAACAAGAGGGUGAAGACACCCAAAGGGGUCCCUGGAAGCAUCUGGUCCAGGCGGCAGAAAGAGCAACUGGCUGAGCCCAUGUUCCUCUACCUUCUAGAACGUAGCGCAUUGGAACUCCAGGAGAGUAUGCAAACAGUUGCUAGUGUUUGCAAAAGUAUCUGCACCACUGGAAUAAAGUUUGUUUCUGAUGCCAAA